AUGGACGUGUACUCAUUUGGCCUGCUUUGCAUGUGGCUGCUCUUCUUCAACUCCGAGCAAAAGAGCCAUGACGACUUUCUGGAAGCGCUUCGUGCUCAGGGCAAUAUUAGAGAGUUUGCAUAUACUCUUAUGACGGAGGAAAGCAAACAAUUCGAUAUGCCAGUUGGAGAAAGGAUCAAACUGUUACACUUCUUCGAAUUAGCGCUGGCCAAAGACCCUCGCCACAGAAGCACCUCUUUCGAGCAAUUAGUGAAAGGUUUGGGCACCAAGGGAAGCGAAGUUAUUGUGCACACAUUUGUGCAUCACGAUGAGCUACUCCGCGAUAACCACAGUUUUCAGGUUACAUCUUCUUUACUCCAAUUUUACCAGGUCGAUUACCUCGUUCGUUCUUCCGUGGCACAAUGUCUUAUGCAAAAAGCUCGAGAGCCACGACUUGCUACUCCUACCCACUCGUCUUCACCAGGGCCAGCUUUCCAAGCUGCCUUAUGUUACCGACUAGGCUUCAGUGUCAGACGGGAUGACAAUGAGGCCACUGCUAUCUUGAAUUCAAACGGUCUUCCCUUGGAUGCUGUUGAAGAUCAGAUGCAAUCGAUAAGAAUAAUGAGUGAGGGGUCAAUAUUCGGAGAUGGAAACUUCAGUCGCUUCCAACUCCAAGGAAAAGUCACCAUGAUGGAGCUUCCAGAACACUACCGGGAACUGCGAGAGAUGGAUAACGUCCAAUGUGAAUACGACAGAGAGAUUGCAGAUAUCAGCGCCAAUUUAGGAGAACUACAUCCUAUUACUCUAACUCUCAAGUCUACUUAUUGCUCAAUUCUUUUUUCCGAGGGGUAUUGGCAAAGAUGUGUUAAUCUGGGCCGAGAUGCCCUACAAGGCUGCAUCAAAGUAUAUGGGCAAUCCCAUCGGAAGACGCUCCAGAGCAAAGAGGACUUGGUAUCAUACCUGACAAAGCAGGGUAGCUGGAAGGAAGCUGAAGAUCUGGCAACACAAUUGGUAGAAACUAGAUCUAGUAUACUAGGUGCGGACCACCUAGACACGCUGGCCAGCAAAGUGGUGUUGGCAGAUACAUUUCUCUCAAACAGUACUUGGGGACAAGCGGAGCCACUCUACCGAAGUGUUUGGGAAACGUACGAAGUCAAUUUCGGAACAGAUCACCAUUUUACACUGGAUGCAAUGACUUCACUAGAAACAAGUAUAAACGUUCUGGGACGCACUCACCCAAGUACGAUCUUGAGAAUGCACAACCUGGCGGCUACUCUCUUCACUAUGGGAAAGUCGAAAGAGGCAGAAAAUAAGUUCCAUGAAAGUUUAGUGCUGAGGAUGGAUGUCUUAGGGGCAGUGCAUCCAUCAACACUAGCUAGCAUGGAAUUUCUAGCAGCGCAAUUCAGGGCCCAAGGGAAAUGGCAAGAUGCGGAGGCGCUGCAGAAAAAGCUACUCCACAUCCAGGAAGACAUUCUGCCACCUGAAAACUUUGAGUUCAUGGACAUAAAGCUAAAUUUAGCUUACACAUUCCGCGAACAAGGAAAGUUUCCUGACGCUGCAAUGCUGGAAUCUUCAGUAUUGAAGAUCACCGAAGAAGCUUAUGGACAGAACCAUCCGAGGACUCUUUCUGUUAGACUGGCCUCAGCUGCAACGUUCUAUGCACAGGGACUAUGGAAAGAGGCUGCAAGGCUCGAAAGAAUGGCCAUGGAUGGAUACCAUGAGACCCUUGGCAGAAGUCAUCCGCUAACACUGGAAAGCAUGUCGAACCUUGCAAUGACUCUUGUCAAACUCGAACAAACCUCUGAUGCGGAGCUUCUAGAAAACCAGUCACUACAGCUCAAGCGCCAAGUCUUAGGUACAGAGCAUCCAGAUACUCUCAAAAGCCUAGCCAAUCUAGUCGACAUUUACACCGACCUCCAUCGAUAUUCUGAAGCUGAAAAACUUGCCAUAGAAUUGGCUGAGAUGAACAAACGGAUUCUGGGAGAGAAGCAUCCAUAUACGCUGACUAGUAUGGCCAGUCUAGCAGGGCUCUUCAUGUUGACGGACAGACUAUCCCAAGCAAAGAAUGUAUUUCAGAGACUUCUAGACACAACCUUGGAAGAACUCGGGCCACACCAUCCAAAUACACUAGAUAGAGUGGCAGAACUUGCAAAUACGUACUUUAAAAUGAGCAGGUACGAAGCAGCAGAGCGUUUACAAAGGGUAAAUCUGCAGCGAAGUACUGAGAUACUUGGCAAGGAACACCCGGACACCUUAUGGCGGAUGUAUGGACUGGGAAGCACGUGGUUAUACCAAGAUCGAUUAGAUGACGCGGAAAGAUUGCUCACCGAAACUAGAGAUGCACACAUGCGAGUUUUAGGAGAGGAGCAUUCUUGUACCCUCUACGCGACUGAGAACCUUGCUCUGGUUUUAGCCAAGCAAGGUCGAUUUGACGACGCCGAGCGCUUGGAACGCGGAGUUGUGGAAGUACGGGAAAGGUUAUUUGGUAGUGAGAACUCUGACACUUUGGAUAGCCUAGAAUUCCUGCGGAAGAUACUUGAGCGAGACGAAGUUUUGCCUGAGGAGGAUGACGUGGAGUGUAGUGAUAGCUCUUGGGAGACAGACACAGAGCUGGACGAGGCGUGA